GCCAGUCAUAAACUCCUGAGUAUUCCUGAUUUAAUAGCUUACUGCUGGCCUCAGAUGAUCGCGACGUUAUUCACUGAUCCCAACCACGUCCUACACAGGUGCCCAAUGACCAUCUUAGAUUCCGGGAGAACCCGGCGACACACCACUGCUGGCACCUUUAUCUAUGCCUGUGACCUUUUGUCUGGCCGCGAAUCGGCAUCCCAGUCCUGCUCUAGGGUUGAAGGAGGAUAUCCUCACACCGAUGGGGAUUCUCUCUCAAUCGUAUCAGCCUCAGUAUCUCGUGAGCGACUUGCGAGAUUGCUCCUUUGCGUGGCCCGAGAGACUAACGUGAAUUCUAGUCCUUUCAAUCACAGAAAUUCAAACAAGCGCGCUUCACUGGCAAAGUUUUUCGGUGCUUUCAAGACAAGACAAAGUCACGAUGUGGCAGGCGAGAAAAUCCAAUUUCUGCAUGAAAUGCGAGUCAAUAAUGUCCUUCCCUUGGGCGGCGGGAUACUCGAUACCAUGGCCCACUCUCACAUGCACAACUAUCACUUAGUCCUGCGCCCGGACGACAUCUGGAUCUCAAUCGUCCUGCAAUUCAUCCGCCAUAUUGACAAUCAUCCCACCCUCCCCCACACAGUGUACCGGAUUCCGAAGGCGCAGCUAAAGCCCACAAUCCACGUCGGUCGCAAGGCCGACGACCGCACUCUCGCCGCGGAGCUGAUGCGCGUCUGCGAGGGACUGGUCGGCCGCGAUGUGGCCGAGUGGGUGCUACCUAGUCUAUCGACGACGACUACUGCGGACGUCGUGGUUGCAGCGACCGCGGUCCUCGGUGGAGACCCGUUGAAUCACGGCGCAGCUCUCCACGGGGCCCGGCCCUCACCGCACCCCGGUGCCGAGAGAGUUUCGCAUGUCACGCUGGCCGGCGCGAAAUCCGACUGGUCUGACAUUCGGGAACGAGUGGGCCGCCUGAGGUCGUACGAUUCCAUACAGCUCGUCGCCUGGUCGCAUCUGCUCGAUCGCGUCCUGGCGCAUUUUCUCACGGCCUUCGAUUGCGACGGGGCCCUCGCCGAAUCUGAGGCAGAGUUCUGGGGCAGAAUGUGCACAAUAAUUAGGCCGUGGGACCGGCAAGGGGCAUGCAUUUACACCGGAUGGAUGACUACUUUCUGUGUGUUCGACAUUGAGGGUCGAUGGUUGGGCCCUCGCCUGAAUCCUCAUGCGGAUUAUUCUACAGAUAUUGCGUCUCUUCCUUCUGCCGAGUUUUGGGCGACAGUUUGCAUUCAAGACCGGGACGAUGAUGUCUUGCUCGGGAGACUUAUCGACGGAAUCUGGUUCCACAAUCUAGACCCGGAACUGACUUCCCUUUCGAACUCAUUCUCCGAGCUUGCGAUUCUAGUGUCCGACUCGAGGUCAUCGUCUGCAACUUCACAUGAACCUGCAUCAAGGCGGUGCAUUCUCAAGGCAUCCGUGCUGGGUAUCCGUGUCAGCACAGCAACAAGUGAGAAUGAAUCCGACACGCCGCUGGAUAGGGUGUUCGCCGUGAAGGCGAACAUCUUCUCCCUCGAGCCCGAACAAUAUGUCUCUCACUAUGCGCUCCUUCACAAGGCCGACCCCGACCAUGCUCCCAAGAGCCGCACCCCGGUCUUUGCCAACUUCCCCAACUCCGAACGUUUCAAGCACGGUAAGAAGCCAACUCCUUACGUGGGACGUCUCAUUUCGGUCUCCGGUUUCAUUGUGGGGAUGUACUCGACCUUCCCGGAGGGCAGCUCGAUUCCCAAGCUUUUUUUCAAGUUGGAGGUCGACCAGAUCUCAUUCCUCGGUCAUGGUGGCAGCACUUCCGGACCCUCAACUCCAUCUCCUGCACCUGGAAGAUUGACGCAAGACAGCCCUGGAAUGGCAGUGUUUGACAAGUACACUAAGAAGCGCAAGCUGGCCGCUGCCAAGAGUGUUGAUUCAGAUAGUUCUCAGGUUGUGGGAUCCUCGAAAGGCACGCCUGCUUCAUCUCCCUUUGCUUGA